AUGGGUCUCAUCGAUCGUCUCAAGAAACCACAAUCCCAACAGCAACAACAACAAACCUCUUCUCCUUCCUCUCCUUCACCAAAUUCCUCUUCUCCUGCUGUCAAAUAUCCAGGAGUCAAUGAAAAAUAUGCUUCUUCCAAUGUAUUUGGAAAGAAACUUCCAAGUGAUCCCAAUGAUUUACCUCCGUUUGUGAUUAAGGCAAUGGAACACUUGGAAAAACAUGGAUUGAAUGUUGAAGGAAUAUUUAGAAUUUCACCAAAAAAGAGCGAUGAAGAAGAAGUGAUUCGAGAAUUGGAAAAUAAUAUUAAAUUUGACGUACCCUAUGAAAAGUAUGAGAUUCACUUGGCAUCAAGUUUGUUAAAGUUAUAUUUGAGAGAGUUGUGUGAUCCAUUGCUGACCUAUGAACAGUAUGGAAUGUUUAUUGCUGCGGAGAGAAUUCCUGAUCCAGAACCUCGUUUAAUGAUGAUUCAAAAAGUGAUCAAAUUCCUUCCACCGACCAAUUUCAAGAUUAUGAAGAAUUUAUGUUUAUUUUUGAAACGGGUUGCAGCCAAUUCGGCUGUGAACAAAAUGUCACCCAGUAAUUUAGCAAUUGUUUUUGCUCCAAAUUUAUUGAAAUCAGAUCUUCCUCAAAAUCAUAUGGAAAUUUUACAAGAUUCUAAAUAUUCGAACAGCUUAAUGACAACUCUGAUUGAAUCAGCGGAAUCCAUUUUCAUGCAGGACGAUCAUGACAUGUCAGGUUCUUCAAUUUCUUCACAACAAUCAAGUAAUUCACAACAACAGCAGCAACAACAACAACAGACAACUCCAUCAUCAACUACGACAUUGGAAGUUUCAUCUUCUCCUCCUUCUUCCACUGUCAGAAAACCUCUUCCAAAUGCACAUUUCGGAAAUAAGAAACCAGGAGAAGGACGACGACUUCCACAGACGCCUCCUCCUCCUCCUUCUUCUUCGACAUGGAUGGAUUCUCCUCCUGUGUUAACAGAUCCAUAUGCAACUCAAAAACAAACAUCAACGACACAACAACCAGCUCAAAUUCAUCCAUAUUCGGAACCUCCUGUAUUUGAAAUUGUGGAUUUCAAGACUGGAAAAUUGAGACAAUCACCCAUGACACCUCCACCUGUCAUGCCAAAUCCAUAUGUGACAGCAAAACAACAACAACAACCACAGACCACAUCACCACAAGUGUCACCAUCAACAACACCUGCAAAUCCAUUUACAACAUCGAGUCAACCAACCAUCAAUUCACAACAACAAUCCAUACACGAUUCCAAUCACGAUGAGGAUCAUGAAGAAUCUAAUUGUCAAGAAGAAACACCCGAUGAAGGAAAUUCUACAUCAAGCUCAUCAACCACAACGACUAGAAAAGUGAAACUUCCUGUGAGGAAAAGAGCAGCCUUUGUACGUGACGUGCGGAAAGCUCUUCCAAAUCCUCUCGCUUAUCAUUCUUCUACGAAUAGUAGUAGUAACGAUCACAAUUCUCAUACAGUAAGCUCAACCUUAACAACACCUCAAAAUUCUCAAAAUCAACGUUUAUCCAUGAGAAAAAGUAUUGGAUAUGAAAGUGAUGAAGGUUUGGUUGCUGAAGAUGACGAUGAAUAA